AUGGCGCGAACACGAGGGGCUAAGGCUUCAUCUCCUUCGAACCGCAAGAAGAGUCUGCGAAAGGAGCCAAGCCCAGGUUCUGCUCCAGAGCCUUCGCCGUCAAGGCCAAAUCCUCCUCUGGUGAAGCCCGCGCCACCAAAGCCGCCGGCAAGACGAUACCUUACCAGGUCAGGCGGUCGGCCAUUGCAGAAGAAACCCAGGGUGGAAAGCUCAGAACCCGUCGAUUUGACUAAGCAAUCUCCAGAGCCUUCCCCAAUUCCAUCACUGGUUCAAACUCCAAUGCCGUCUCCGGUUCCCUCGCCGAGUCCCCCUCCAGUUCCAUCGCCGGUACCAUCUCCGGCGCCGUAA